AGACAGCUGUGUGUGUUUUUCUGUGUGUAGCUGUGGCGACAGGCGAUGAUGGAUUCGUUUCCAAGGGUAUGUGGCAUUUUGUCGCUAUAGAGGAAUGCGACAAUCCCGAACUGUACGAAUUGAAGUGGUCCGUGGCGAAACAGAAGAUAUCGCGAACGGUAGAAAUAUACAACGGCUCUCUGAAUUUGGACUUUGUAUUGGAUAGCAGCUACUCUUUGCACGUGGACGUAGCAAAACAGACAGAGGGCGGAUGGAAGGACUACAAUAUGAUAAAGCAUGAUUGCAUGCUGUGUUUCUGCAAGGACAACGGCGGUAAAAACGUGGAGGCGUUCAUGGGCUGCAUGCAAAUAGAAUCCACUGAUGAGAUACCAGCAGGCGCGCACUCCUGUUCCGGAUUCCAGAUUGAAUUCUGCGAUUUACCAGAGGACGGCAUAAUUGGGGAGUUCAGAGCCAAGGUCACGACUAUAGACAGGAAUGGUGUUAUAGUAGCGUGCGCAAUGUUGUACGCCAAUUUUACGGACGAAGUCUGCGACAAGGAGGAGGAAGAAUAA